AUGAUUGAAAAGGAUUUUAGAAAAAUAAGGCCCUCUUAUGUUUGCGUUACAUGUAGGACACAAAAAUUGAAAUGUGAUAAGCAAAGACCCUCAUGUGGCAGAUGCCUCAAAAACAAGAGGAAAUGUGUAUAUGAAAUUAAUUCAUCACUAGAUAGCCUUCAUGAAAACUCUAUGAGGAGCCACUCUAAUAACCAAAUUUCUCCAGCCUCUAGUAGUGGGCAUAGCAAUGCCACUUUAAUUGAAAAUUCUAUCUCAUCACCCGAGGCAUUGACUCUAACGUUGGACACUUCACGAAUAAAAGGAAAACAAGCUGAUAAUCUGGACCUAUGGGAUCCAAGGGAUAUGUACUUAAGUCACGGAUAUCAAACAUAUUAUGAUUUUCCAUUCGGACCACAUAGCAUGGGGCAGUACGAUCCGUACACGAGACUGUUCUGUUCUUCAGUUCACGGCAGCACUCUCACAGACAUUCAAAACCGUCUGAGUAUGAUUUCAAACGAUCUAUCAAAUAGUGGCUCGAAUUUAUCAACCACUUUGGUGGACCCUUCGAGAGAAAUCAGUCCGUUGGCCUUUAUUGAAAAGGCUGUAAUCAAAUGGGUCCAAAAUGCAUCAUAUGAUAAUAAUCAAAUCCCAACAGAUUAUUUUGAUUCGGUUUAUACCAUUGGGGACAGAAUGCAUCCAAAACUAAUAUUGUUGAUUGAGCGACUAAUCAGUGAAAUAUCCUCACUGCUAUUUGAUAAAACGAAGACAGAAAUAUUGUUGCAAAGGUUUUAUGAAGAUGUCUAUCCAUUUUAUCCAUUAAUUGAAAUAGACUUGUUUGAAAAUUCUCUUAAGAAGCUUUUAGAGGUGAAUACAGAAGAUCGUUACAAGAUUAAUGUCUUUGGCGAAAACAUACGAUUGAAUCUGGAAUAUUUGACACAGUUCCUUUCAAUUAUGGUUGUAACAUUAAGAAAUCCUUCUUUAAGAGAACAGGUGCCAACAAAAUUAGCAUUAGAAAGGGCCCAACAAUUGCAAUUCUAUGCUCAAAGGCUACUAUCUUUACUAAAUGGGUUUAAAUACACAAGUGAAAAAAUACUAUGCUCAUCGUUAUACCUGUUUAUUUCCGAGUAUUUAAAUCCUGAAAAUCCAGAAAUGCAUAUAACUCACAAUUUUGCCCUGACUUUGAAAUGCCUUAAUGAACUUUCUACAACUCUUGGAUUAUUUCAAGAACCCUCGCAGUUCACGAGAUGUUUCAAUACAGAAAUGCCAAGUGAUUCGUAUUUCCUAUUCCGUAGGAAGUUAUGGAUCGGUUUACAAUCAAUAAAAUUACAGUUAAUUACAGCUGAUGGUGGUUGCACAGAACAAGAUUAUAAAUAUUUGAACAUGUUUAUCAGACCCAAAAACAGAAACUCAAGUAGUUUACUCCCCGUUUCAUUUUCCAGGACAUUCAAUCCAACUAUUGAAAUCGACAAGUAUUUAUUUGAUUUGAGUCAGAAUAAGUAUCAAUUGCAUGUCUUAUUAGUACAGCUUAUGAAUAGUUGCUCUCCUGAAACUGCUGUUCAGAACUUGUCUGUUAUAAUUGAAAAUAUCAAGCAAUUAGAAGAGUUUACAGAGUGUAAGUUCCCCCUGAGUAAGUUAGAUGAACAAGAGGAUUUUCUGCUGACUGAAUGUACAUGCUACAAUGCAAAAUUCAAUGUCAAACAGAUUGAAAAUGUGGAGAUUUUACAAGCGAAUAUUUUGAUCCUUUCAAGUCUUAUGAAUAUUUAUAAUGUUUUAAUGAACUACUUCGAGAAAAAAGCAUCCAUCGAAUGGCCAGAAUAUCAGAACUUAUACCAUGCUUUCUUCAUCGAACUCAUAAACUGCUACUUAAGAGUUCUAAAACUAGUAGUCGUUUAUAUGAGUGGCAAUUACUCCAAAGUAAUUUCUUCGAAACAUGAAUAUGUUUUAAACAAGUUUGUUUCAUUUGUUAUGAUUAAAAUAUGGACAAUUCAGAUGAGCUUCUCAUUGAGACUGAGCUACAGACGAGACAUUAUGGAAAGAUUGAAUGUGGUGAACCAAGAAGAUAUUGGUGUAAUUAGCAGAUUGCUGAACUCUGUUCAGGAUCAUAUUCAAAUGACAGUUGACACUAUAACAAGAAAGUUCGAUGAGCAGUAUUUCGGAUUGUUCCAAGUGACAUUGAUGACAAGAUACUUGAUUUAUUUGAUUGAUAUUAAAGCAUUAUCGAAAGUGACAAAUAAGUAUUGGAAAAGAGCACAAAAUGAUAUACCAGAAAAGAUUAUUGAUAAAAUAACAAUGAAAUGGGGUGUAAGUCCUCAGGAUUCUGACUAUAUAGACUAUUAUACUCACAAUCCAGAACCAUUAUCACGUUUCACAAGCUCAUUACUAGAAAAAAUUGAAUUGUUAUUUUCGUCACAUAAAAUCAUUGUGAGAGCAGACGUACCAGUUGAAGUUCCCCCAGGAAAGAACGCAUACGGUGAGGUAGAUAGUUUGGCACCAUUCUUAGAGUCUCAUUUUGAUCUAUUUUCAAGCAUAAUUGAUGAUAAUAUGGGCGAAUUGCCCACUAUAUAG